AUGACUGACAGAAGAAGAAUUAAUGGGCCGCCUAGCGGCACAAGACCUGUGGUCUUUGCCUCUGCCUUGAAAAGACCUGUUCCUACUACAGACAGACCAACCCGUCAACGGCAACCUACCGAGUUGAGAAAGAUAUUCCUGAAAACCGGUCUUGUCCCAUCUGCGUCAGGCUCUGCGUAUCUUGAAUUGGAGCCUUCUGCCUCACUCUUCGCUGCACGGAAAACCCCGACGUCCUUAAUCCCACCUUCUUCGGCCUUGAAGCUGGCAUGUACCGUUCAUGGACCAAAGCCACUACCUCGAUCUGCAGCCUUUUCGCCAAAUUUAGUCAUUACAACGCAUGUCAAGUAUGCACCCUUUGCAGCCCGCAAGCGGAAGGGACAUAUCCGCGACGCUAGCGAACGUGACCUCGGCGUUCAUUUAGAGACUGCGUUGCGUGGCGUCAUAAUUGCGGAGCGCUGGCCGAAGAGCGCGCUCGACAUUACAAUUACAAUUCUAGAAGCUGAGGAUGACCAUUGGUGGGGCGAUGCGCUGGACUCGCAUGAUGCUUCGUGGGGGAUGAUGAAUGUCCUGGCAGGAUGUAUCACGGCUUCAUCUGCCGCUAUCGCCGAUGCUAAGAUCGACUGUCUUGAUCUCGCGACGGGUGGUGUGGCCGCCCUCGUAGAAGACGACGAUGACAAAUACGGAACCACAAUACCGAAACUGGUGCUAGACACGGACCCAGCAGAACACCAGUCUAUCUGCGCAGCAUGCGUUGUGGCUUAUUUACCUAAUCGGGACGAAAUUACAGAAAUAUGGCUCAGGGGCGAUACCUCCAAAGCAUCCCUCGCCGCUGAUGACAAGCGGACGGCCUACGAGGCCCUAUUAGAUGGGGCAGUAGAUGCGGCCCGGGGGGCCCAUACCGUUUUAUCAGAGGCUGUGAGAGAGUCUGCAGUACGGAUCGCGGGCCAGGCAAUAGGUGGGAAUGCUACACAGUAG